GUGUGUAUGUGAAGCGAGACAAAAUUCGGGUUUACGCUAUAUAGGUGAGCCGUGCACUUUUUUAAAGUUAGUCUGCAAUAUGAUCUCAUUGUUCAGGUUACGGACUGUAAAAAGGCAUGCUAGUUUGUCACUCGACUUUGUUGCAUAAUAGGCAUGUGUGUGAAGUGAUUUGGCAUUACAGAUAAUUGAAUGAUGAACGUAUUGAUUGGGAUUAUCAACUGGAAUACAGUAGCAGUAUAGAUCCGACGUACAGCAGACCAAACGUAAGAAAAAUACAGGAAUUCCAUAAAAAUAUUGAAGCAACGGAUCAAAACUUUUUAUUUCAAGAAAAUGGGAUUUAAGGUAACCAUAGUCGUUUUAGUCCUUGCUGUAGCGGUGGUGUAUUUCACGAAGUAUAAACACAACACGGUAGACCCUGUCAUACUCAACUCCUCCUACGAUUACGUCAUAUUGGGUGCAGGUUCGGCUGGCUGUGUCCUUGCGAACAGACUUUCAGAAAAUCCAGAAUCAACGGUACUAAUUAUAGAAGCUGGGGGUUCCGAAGAUGGAAAUUUUAACAUCAGUACCCCAUUCCUUGCGGGAAGUACUCAGCUAUCCAAUGAGGACUGGAAGUUCCGAACCGAACCUCAAAAGAAAGCAUGCUUGGCAAUGCAUGAAAGGAGAUCCUACUGGCCACGAGGAAGAGUUCUUGGAGGAACUAGUAACCUUAACUACAUGCAAUAUAUCCGCGGCAGUCGUCAUGACUACGAUGGUUGGGCAAGAGAGGGGUGUACAGGAUGGAGCUAUAGAGACGUUCUCCCAUAUUUCAUUAAAUCAGAAGAUAUGCAGAUUCCAGAGCUUCAAAAGUCAGACUAUCAUGGAAUAGGGGGCUAUUUGUCAAUCAGUGACGGGACUGCCACUCCUCUCAGUAAGAAAGUGUAUGCCCGGGCAAUGGAGGAACUCGGUCACCCUACCACAGAUUGUAAUGGCAAAUCGCAAAUAGGUUAUUGUCCAACCCAGGAAACGGUAAAGAAUGGAGAGCGCUGUAGUACUGUUAAAGCCUUCCUAAGACCCGCUAUGGGACGCAAGAACCUUCACGUCUCCACGAAUUCACAUGUUACAAAGAUCAUCAUCAAAGACAAGAAAGCCAUAGGUGUAUCGUUCGUGAGAAACAACAGGAAGCACGUGAUAAUGGCAAACAAAGAAGUGAUUGUGUCCGCGGGAGCUGUCAGCUCACCCCAGAUCCUGAUGCUGUCUGGAAUAGGACCGCAGGAGCAUCUGAAAUCCAAGGGGAUCCCAGUGAUUGUUGAUCUUCCGGUCGGACAAAAUUUACAGGACCAUAUCAUGACGAUUUUAGAUUUCCAUGACAACACAACAAGUGUGACUACUAUAGAAAAGCUUAUGUCACCUAUCAGCAUAUUCCAGUAUUUGGCAUUUAAGUCAGGUAUUAUGAGCAAGACUCACCUGGAGGGCACGUCAUUUAUCACGGAUGACGAAAAUCUUCCGCCUCAUCUUCAGUUUAAUUUCUUCAGUGCUAUGUUUCCAGCGAAAUUUGUUGAUACAUAUAUAAAAACUUUUAAUCUUGAUCAUAAGCUAACAGAAGGCAAAGCAAGGGAGUUACAAAGACAUGAAGAUAGAAAGAUAGGGAAGUUUCUGGCAUAUCCGAUCCUGCUCCACCCUAAGAGUAAAGGGACAAUACGUCUCCGGAGUCGUGAUCCAUUUGAUCCGCCACUCAUAGAUCCAAAUUACCUCGACCAUCCCGACGAUGCAAAAAUACUCCUAAAGGGAGUACGUAAAGUUUUAAAGCUCAGUGACACUAAGGCUUUUCAGUCAAUUGGUGCCUCGCCACAGGAUCCUCUGGAGGCAUACGCUCCUUUUUGUGACAAUUUCACAGAAGAUUCAGACGAAUACUGGAUCUGUAGAAUAAAAUAUUACACGUUAACAGCGUAUCACUCGACCUCCACUUGUCGAAUGGGAACCAAAGAUGAUCCAACGGCAGUGGUUGAUCCUGAACUCAGAGUGAAAGGGAUUGAAAACCUUCGAGUUGUCGAUGCUUCCGUCAUGCGCGAUGUGCCUUCCGGAAAUACGAACGCCCCAACCAUAAUGAUUGCAGAAAAAGCAGCAGAUAUGAUAAGAAAUAUAGAUAGUGUGAAAUCUAUUCGAGAAAGAAUUGGACAAUUGUUAUAAACUAUGAUGCUGGUCAAUUGUUAUUAUAAUAAUGAAUGAAUGAAUGUAACCAAAGAAGUCCAAAUAGUUAAUUAUGCAUCGCGCAAUCCAAUGUUAACAAAAUGAGUUAUGAGAAUAUAUAGCGGAGGGGGACUGUUACGCCGCGGAGGAAAAAAACUUUUUUAGCACUGCCUUACAAAAAAGGUGUCCAUGUAUUUGUAUUGAAAUGAUAUGCAUGCACUUACCAACUGCUUUUUAAAAGAUAUAUAGUUUUUUUUGUACCAGAAUUCUUCCUUUACUUUGUCACAUGUACAUGACAAACUGAUUAGAUUAUCUAUAUUUGUUUAUCCAAGAAAAUAAAAAAAUUCUUAAUUUGUAAAUGUGA